UUGUCUAAUUUGUGUCAAGCAGAUUCAAUUAAUGCUAAUUGAGCUGUGUUGAUUUCUAUUUAUUUCGCUGAUAUUAGUAGUCGAUUCGUAGUAAGUCGGGCAAAAACUGCGUCGAAGUCGGACAAAAUUAUUUAUUAGGACUUGUUAAUCGUAUUUUGGUUUUAUCGAGUGAGAACAGAAAUAGAGGUCAGCAUCAUGAAGGAUGUCAUCACUCAUGUCCUGAUGUCCCGCGGUAACGGCGUGGUCGGGGAGGUGAAUGGGUGCCUGAGCAGCGUGUGUGGGGCUCCCCCAGGCUGCUGGACGGUGGGCCUCUACAACGCCACCGCCAAGUACCUCACCGCCGAGACCUUCGGAUACAAGAUAAAUGCUAAUGGCGUGUCACUGAAGAAGAAGCAGCUGUGGUUGCUGGAGCCUGCCGAACGCGACCUGAUCUGCUUCAAGUCGCAUCUCGACAAGUACCUCUCCGUCGACCAGUAUGGCAACGUGAUGUGCGAGGCUGACGAGCGCGACGAGUCCUGCUUGUUCGAAGUGUCGGUGACUGACGAUGAGUUCGGACGCUGGGCCAUCCGCAACAUUAGCCGCGGCUACUACCUCGGUGCCGCCGGCGACAAGCUUGUGUGCAGCGCUAAGCUCCCCACCGACGCUGAGCUCUGGACCGUGCAUUUGGCAGCUCGGCCUCAGGUGAACCUGCGUUCUCUUGGACGCAAGCGGUACGCCCACUUGUCCGAGGCUGGCGAUGAGGUUCAGUUCGACGCGAACGUUCCGUGGGGGGAAGACACGCUCUUCACGCUCGAGUACAGAGACGAGAAGUACGCCAUUCACACGUGCAACAACAUGUACCUCUACAAAGACGGCAAACUCAAGAAAGAGUGCACGCGUGACAGUCUUUUCUGCAUCGAGUACCACCACGGCAGUCUGGCGCUCAGAGACUAUCAGGGGCACUACCUGUCCCCCAUCGGGUCCCGCGCGGUGCUCAAGUCCCGCUCCAACACCGUCACCAAGGACGAGCUGUUCGCUCUCGAGGACUCCCUCCCUCAGGCCUCCUUCGUGGCGCUCCUCAACCAGCGUUACGUCUCCGUCAAGCAGGGCGUGGACGUGACGGCAAACCAGGAGGAAAUUUCUGACCACGAGCGCUACCAGCUCGAGUACGACACCAGCACCGGCCGCUGGUACGUGCGCACGAUGCAGGACAAGUACUGGACCCUGGAGUCCGGCGGGGGCAUCCAGGCGAACGCUGCCAAGCCGACCUCGAACGCUCUCUUCGACCUGCAGUGGCAGGCGGAUGGCUCGGUCGCCUUCAGGGCAAACAACGGCAAGUUCAUCGCCAGCAAGAAGAGCGGACACCUCUACGCUAAUGCCGACACGCCCGACGACGAAAGCGCACGCUUCUACUUCUACCUCAUCAACAGGCAAGUGCUGGUGCUGAAGUGUGACCAAGGAUUCGUUGGGUUCCGCGCUAACAGCAACAAGCUGGAGUGCAACAAGGCGUCAUAUGACACCAUCACCGUGGAGCGCAGCGAGAACGGACAGGUCUUCUUCAAAAGCCAGACCGGUGGCGGGUACUGGACGGCUGGUAGCGAUGGUUUGACGGCAGACUCGCCGGUCCCUGAAGGCUUCCACAUGGAGUUGCGGGAGGGCAACCGCAUGGCGAUCAAGAACACCAGCGGCCAGUACCUCCAGACCGAGAAAAAUGGCGGGUUUAAACUCGGCGACAACGACCCCACCCGUGCCACACUCUGGGAGUUCUAAGAGGUGUUUUGCGAUCGAGGUUCUAAGACCUACACGCGACAUUCUAUUGCAUUGAGUUGGAAUCAAUUUCACCCGAAUUCUGUUGUUUUGCAGUUUCAGAGUGACGCGUCUUGUCGGAAUGUCAGUCUUUGGACGUUUGUAGAGUAAUUGAUAAGUUAAGAAAAUGAACGCCGAGUUUGCGCAAAGAAUGAAAGCGCCUUUGGAGGAUACGGUUAAUUCGUGUUAUUUUCCAGUUCCAGGUUAUAACCCACAAUGUGCAGUUAUUUACUAAUGAUCGUAUCAAUUAUUUGAGGACUGCGUCUUGUGGCAUUUUUUAAAGUUCUUGUUUUUAGUGGUACCUAAUUCUGAACGUUUGUGGCUGUACCCUAUUAGUUGCGUUACUUGUGGUUCUUCCGAUAAUUAAAAUAUUGCUUGUAAUGAGAUUUUCAUUUACGGUACCAGAGCUAUUGGAAAAGAUGCAUUUACGUACCUAAGUAUAAAUGAACUUAGAUGAUUUGACACGCAUAAUAGAUUUGUUACAAAAUUCACGAGUCGAAUUCUCUGCCUUGAGUUUCUUCCAUGACUAAUUGCGGCAGCAUAAUUGCUGUAUGAAACGUAAUUUUACGAUAAGACAUCGCAAUAAUGAAUUUGUGUUAAGCUCAUCGAAUUAAUUGGCAGUCGAAUUAAAGUGACGCGCAUAGUGUGCGCCCGUCCUAACCUCUUUCUGUCCGUCCUCUGUUGUCAUUCGGUCUUGAAUCAGGAAGCUCAAUUAAGUAUUACGUGUAAUCUUUGUACUACGUGAUUAAUACUCUAUCAUAUCUGUUCUCAAUUAAAAAUUAUAGUACGAAUACUUCUUCCAAGAUUGGAGAAAAAAUCGCGAAAUCGAUGUCGUUACUGUGGGCAUAUCGCUGCAUUCAAAAAUGAUGAAUUUUUGCUCAUCAACUGAUGCCAAUGUUGUUUCGUCUUGUUAUUAACAUUCUUUUCAUCAUUUAAUUAAAGGCACUAGCGUUUAAGACUUUCACCCUAACGUCAAUAUUGGUCUUUUAAUUGUGCGAAGAAAGUAACUGAACAGCGCCCUCAUGUAGACUUGAACAUGUAUGUUCCUCUCAAUUUUGUAAGCUUUGUGCUGGAAUUUAGACCACAAGGUUAAUUCCAGGGACUGCGUCGAUAUUUCAUUGCCGAAUUUGUAGAAGUUUUUUACUCUCUAGCUUAACUUUAAGGCUAUUAUCUUCUAGGAAUCUUUAUCAGCUCAUUUUACUAUCAUAGUCAAAUUUAGAUAAGAAAUUGAGCUGCCAUGCAACCUUGUACUUAUUAUACUCUUUUAGUAUAUUAGUUCUCUAUUGAGUUAUUACCGAGUGUUGUCCCACUAAGCUCUAUUUUUAUAUAAUUUGUUGAUAUAAUGAAUCUCUUUGCUUCAACACAAGUUGGCAAUUCGUACUCUCUCUCAUUGCGGGAUUCCCUUAUUUACUACAAUUUUAUACGUUACGCUUUCCUGAGAUCCUCGCAGCCUUUUUUUAGGAAUAUGGUCAAAUACAUGUUCAAUUUUUCA